AUGGUUUCGUUGCGGCAGAAGCAGCUCACCAUCGAAGGCACCAAGCGCAGGAUACGAAGGCCCUUUACAAUCUCUGAGGUGGAAGCUCUUGUCUACGCCGUGGAAAAGCUCGGCCUUGGAAGAUGGCGUGACGUGAAGCUGUGGGCUUUCGAUCAAGCCAAGCACCGGACUUACGUCGACUUGAAGGUGAACACGAAAAAACUCUCGUGGAUUUCGAAGUUUUUGAGUCUGUGCUACAAAGUUUCAUGGAUUUUCAUUCUCCAGGACAAGUGGAAGACUCUAGUUCACACGGCACGGAUUGCGCCGCACCAACGCAGGGGCGAGCCCGUCCCUCAGGAGCUACUCGAGAGGGUGAUACGAGCUCAAAACUACUGGACGGCGAGGCAGGCAAAGCAGCAAGCCGAGCUCGAUUUCUAG